AUGCCCUCUCUAGCUACGGUACAGUAGCCCCGUCGGCAUUGGCUCUGGCGUACGAAAGCGUCGCAGAACUCAACUCAUUCUUACUAUAACUAAGAGGCCAUCGAUCGAGGGGUAGAACAACAUCCUUGGUACCGGUACAGUCAGACAGGUUCGACACCACGGUUCCAAGUUUCCACGCUCGAGAUGACGUCGCUUCCAUCACGCACAGCUGUUCACUUCUUUACCAACGCGCGCACAUCAUGCGCUGAGAGCUCGAACGCAAUCCAAUCCUUCAUCAUUGGCGGCGGCUACCGGUACCAUCCAUACCUUCCAUCUUGUCGAUCUGUUUGUCUAUCAUAGAGUACUAGCUAGUAUAUCUUGUUGCCGCGGAAAAUGGGUCGAUCAUUGCAAGUAGAGUUUGGUGCGAUUACAUCCGAUAACGUGGAGCAGCUACGCAAAGUGAAUACGGUGUCGUUUCCUGUGACGUACAAUGAAGGUUUCUACCAAGAUGUGGUGAAACGCAACAACGAACACUUGAAUAAAUUUGCCUAUUACAAUGGUUUUGUGGUAGGCGCCGUCUGUACGCGAAUCGAACCCAUCAAAGCGGGCGACAAUCACGCACCUCCCACGGCGGUGGAUGUGGAAGCUCCGCUUACAGGUCAACAUCGACUCUAUAUCAUGACAUUGGCCGUCUUGGCGGCGUAUCGAGGCCGUGGCAUUGGCGCUCAACUCAUUCAAUCCGUACUCGACUAUUGCGAUGCCAUUAAUGAUGGAACUGCCUCUACGGAAAAGAAUGUCGUGCCCAAACGAAUCGAUGAAAUUGCACUCCACGUACAAAUCAGUAACGAAGAUGCCAUUCGAUUCUACACCCACAAAUUUGGAUUCGAAAAGGGAGAUAUGGUUGAAAACUAUUAUCGACGCAUUGAUCCUCCUCAUUGUUACAUUCUCUCCAAGAAAUUAUAAACAAACAACAAUACAAUCUACCACUAAAACAACACAAUUCAACAAUAAGCAAUGCUACCCUAACUGAACAGAACGGAAUACUACUUACUAAAUGAUCAUAGAUAGCUUAGCACAAAAAACUCUCUCGUUGAAGAGUAUCCAGACUUCGUCAUAAAACGAAACUUUAAAACGGUUUCUGGUGGCGGU